AACAGGCUCCUGGAGGAUGAGAAUGAGCAGUUGCAGGGACAAAUACGAGAACUGCAGGAUGAAAACGGACGAUUGCACAAACUUCUGAAAGAAAAAGAGUUUGAGAUUCGACACCUCAGGAGGAAAGUAGAAGAUGACAAGGUGGCACUGGCCGGAACAGCCGGGAUAGCAGGAGAUGUUGCAGCAACAAAAAUUGUGGAAUUGUCCAAGAAGAAUCGGGAGCUCAGCGCUGAGCUGGAGAGUGAGAAGACCAAAGUGAAACAGCUGAGUAGCAAAGUGAAAGAGCUGGAGAGAGAGGUAACAACAAUAAUUCCUGCUCGGCGCCUUCUGGUGCUGCUGACUUGUAGCAGAAUACCAAUAAGAUGCAAAAAAAACAAAACACUAUUUAUUCAAAGUUCGGAGAUAAAAGCGUUACAAGAGAAGCUGGCAGCUGCUAAUCUAAAGUUGACAGAAUAUCGCAACCAAAUCCAGACCACAAAACAAGAGCUGAAAAUGGCUCACAAGGUUCUAACCAAUGAAAUUGGAGAGGAUGUGAAUAUUCCUCAGCUAAUUUCCUCAUCCGGAAGUUGGAGAGGCCGGGCACAGCAGAUUCUAGCUCUGCAGGGCAGGGUCCGGGAGCUGGAGAGCCAGCUGGGUCAGAUGAGGAGUCCCAUGUCAGAGUACAGUCUGGAGGAAGAGAUGUUGGGUACAUCCAGGAGAAUGCCUGCUCAGGAGAAGAACUUGUUUCGCUUAAGAACGUUGGAGAAAGAGAGGAAAGAAUCAUUGGAGAGACUGACCGGAGAACAUGGCAAUCUUAAAAAAGAAUAUGAGGAUCUGAAAAAGAGGUUUGAGGCUUCCAAAGCCAGGAACCGAUCUCUGUCCAAUGAUCUGAAGACCCUCAAGUUGCAGAUGACGACACUGCUGGAUAAAGGGAAGCAUGACGAUGAACUCAUAGAUGCCUUGCUGGUACUUUGUAAGAAUAUGCAGGAGAUCCUAACCAACCUGAGCAAGCAGGAUCAGAAACACAAAGACUCUCAGCAAUCCUUGAGCCUGCACCUAAACAACGAGAGCCAGAAGCAGAACUCGCUGGUCGCUCAGCUGAAACAGAUGGUGGCGGAGAGGGAGACAAAGGUGAAAGAGCUGGAGGUGGAAAUCCAGCAACUGACCACAAAGGUAAAACUUUAG